CGGCCGCCGUCCCCGCCGCCGAUCCCGCCGACUCGGCCUCAGGCAGCAGCAACAAGAGGAAGCGCGACAACAAGGCCAGCACGUAUGGACUCAACUACAGCCUGCUGCAGCCCAGCGGAGGGCGAGCCGCGGGGGGCGGCCGAGCAGACGGCGGCGGGGUCGUGUACAGCGGUACCCCGUGGAAACGGAGGAACUACAACCAGGGAGUCGUGGGUCUGCAUGAAGAAAUCAGUGAUUUUUAUGAAUACAUGUCUCCAAGACCUGAGGAAGAGAAGAUGCGGAUGGAGGUGGUGAACAGGAUCGAGAGUGUAAUUAAGGAGCUCUGGCCCAGCGCUGACGUCCAGAUAUUUGGAAGUUUUAAAACUGGACUAUAUUUACCUACUAGUGACAUCGACCUAGUGGUGUUUGGGAAGUGGGAGAACCUACCCCUCUGGACUCUGGAAGAAGCUCUUCGGAAACACAAAGUCGCAGAUGAGGAUUCGGUGAAAGUUUUAGACAAAGCAACUGUACCUAUUAUUAAACUAACAGAUUCUUUUACUGAAGUGAAAGUUGAUAUCAGCUUUAAUGUACAGAAUGGCGUGAGAGCAGCUGACCUCAUCAAAGAUUUUACCAAGAAAUAUCCUGUAUUGCCAUACUUGGUUUUAGUAUUGAAACAAUUCCUAUUGCAGAGGGACCUUAAUGAAGUAUUUACAGGUGGAAUUGGUUCUUAUAGUCUCUUUUUAAUGGCAGUCAGUUUCCUUCAGUUACAUCCCAGGGAAGAUGCUUGCAUCCCCAAUACAAACUAUGGUGUUCUCUUAAUAGAAUUUUUUGAAUUAUAUGGACGACACUUCAAUUAUUUAAAGACUGGCAUCCGGAUAAAGGAUGGUGGUUCAUAUGUGGCCAAAGAUGAAGUACAGAAAAAUAUGCUAGAUGGCUACAGGCCAUCAAUGCUUUAUAUCGAAGAUCCUUUACAACCAGGUAAUGAUGUUGGAAGGAGUUCAUAUGGGGCCAUGCAAGUGAAGCAGGCCUUUGAUUAUGCCUACGUUGUUUUGAGUCAUGCUGUAUCACCAAUAGCAAAGUACUAUCCCAACAAUGAAACAGAAAGCAUACUAGGUAGAAUAAUUAGAGUAACAGAUGAAGUCGCCACAUACAGAGAUUGGAUAUCAAAGCAGUGGGGCUUGAAGAAUAGACCUGAGCCUUCAUGCAAUGGAAAUGGUGUUACCUUGAUAGUAGAUACUCAGCAGUUAGAUAAAUGUAAUAAUAAUCUAUCUGAAGAAAAUGAAGCCCUUGGAAAAUGUAGAAGUAAAACCUCGGAAUCUCUUAGUAAACACUCUUCAAACUCUUCAUCAGGUCCAGUGUCGUCCUCUUCUGCCACACAGUCCAGCUCUAGCGAUGUAGAUUCCGAUGCAACACCAUGCAAAACCCCGAAACAGCUGCUUUGCCGUCCGUCCACUGGGAACCGAGUAGGGUCGCAAGAUGUAUCCCUGGAGUCCUCUCAGGCAGUUGGCAAAAUGCAAAGCACCCAAACCACUAACACAUCCAACAGCACCAACAAAUCUCAGCAUGGAUCAGCAAGGCUCUUUCGUUCUUCCAGCAAAGGCUUCCAAGGUACAACUCAAACAAGCCAUGGUUCCUUGAUGGCAAACAAACAACAUCAAGGCAAAUCCAAUAAUCAGUAUUACCAUGGCAAAAAGAGGAAACACAAGAGGGACGCGCCCCUCUCAGACCUCUGUAGAUAGUCGGCGCUGCGCGGUGGACUGUCUUCUCUGUGCAAUGAUCUCAUGCUCAGGACAGUUGCGCAGGGACUCCUGGGAGACAUUCAGGAGCCUCACACUGUUCAGACGUUGAUUUAGCAACUGCGUUUUUUCCCAGCUCGCCACAGAAUGGAUCAUGAAGACUGACAACUGCAAAAAAAAAAAAAAAAAAAAAAAAAAAAAAAAAAAAAAAAAAAAAAAAGCAUAAAAGGGGGAAAAAAAGGCUGCUUAUUUGAUAAGUCAUAUGCUACAACAGGGUCAUUUUAAGAUUUAAAGCUUGAAUGUAAAAUAAAUAUAUUUCUCAUUGGCUUUAUGCAGAGUUAUAGGGAAUAGUAUUCAGUGUUGGUAGGGUGAUAGAAACAAUAUCAGAGGAUGGGGUGGGGAAGGAAAACAAAGGUAUCUGAUAGGAAGUCCAGAUUCCAAAGGGGAAAGUGAUCUGUGCAUGUUUUGUUUUUUUUUUUAAUAUUUUUGCAUAUAUUUACCAUUUUAUUGUGUGUAUGUAUAGAAGACCAUAUAGGAAAUUGAUAUUUGUAAUAGUGGAUUUGUUAAUAAUACUUUUUACAUAACAUUACUGUUUAAAUUGUAAACAGAUUUUUUCUCAGGAUUAGUUUGAAAAAUAAUCUAAAUUGUCAUCUUAACAUCCAUAUAUAGGGAAGUGAUUAGUUCUAUUACUCAAUUUGUUUUUCUCAGCAUUGAAAUGACUUAAUAGAACCCUUGUGUCCUGCUGCAAAAAUUUCUCCUCUCUAAAGAAAAGGUUUAUGGUGGCAAAUGAUGUUUAUUUUAUUUUGUAAAAAAAAAAAAAAAAAAAAAAAAUACUAUGUACUUUGUGUAAACACUGAAAAAUCUCUGGUCAUCUCUGAGAAUUAACUUGCAACUGUUUUCUAUAGUGCUGUUGUCUUGGGCAAUGGGCAAUUACAUGACUUUGUGUUUGCUGCCUUUGCAGUCUUUUUUUUUCCCCCCCAUUUCUUCCUAAUAGGAAAAAAAACCCCAAAAAAACAAAACAAAACAAAAAAACGGCCACCCAUGUCUGGUCUCAUUCCUGUUGCAGUGAAACUUCGAGUUCCACAGACUUUGCAUGCUGGCUUCUCUAACCCUGUGUGCUGCGUGUGCCUGUUUCUCAUCUCUUAUUCUUUUUAAAAUUCAUGCUUAACUACUGUGGGAGAAUAACUGUAAACAGCUUUAAUUAAAUCAUACUUAUAAAAAACUAUUUUCUUAUAUUCCACUUUAUGCUUUUGGUAUUGUUGAUCUUUCCAAAUUAAAUGGUCUUUGAUAAUGGAUCUAUUUUGUAUUGCCUUAUUAAGACCAAAUACUUCUUGUCAUCCCAUUCUUUAUCCUCUUCUUUCAUGGAAUUGUUAUCAUUAAUUAAAACUUUUUUAAGCAUUGGCUUGUUUCAAUCAUACUGUAAAUUUUGGUUGUAGUCAGCUUUGAGUGCAAUGAGAUGUAUAAUUCUGUUAUCAUUACCUGUUGAGUUUGAAACUCAGUUGGGAAUAUUUAAUAUAAUAGAAUGUAAGUGACAUUUCUGAAAAUGCUUUCUUUCAGGGUGAAAGCUCUUAUGUUUAGCAUCAGUGUGUAUGGCUCUGUUAAAUACAGCCAUUUCUGAGACAAGAUUCUUUUAUAUAUAUAUACAUAUAAAGUACUAUUGGCUUUUAGGAGUUUCUUUUAUAUACAUUUAUGAAAUACUGAAGACCAAUCAGACCAUUAAUGGACACUUAGUGUAACUUUUUAUAAAGAAAAUAAUGCUAAAGUAAGACCAAAACUGAUGUCAUCACUGAAAUUAACAAUUUUCAAUAUGUUCAUAUUUUAAUUCACAAUGGAAAAAUGUGUUCCGAAACUGGAAACUCAUAGUACUCGUGUAAACUGUGGAAGAUUUUAAAUGCGAUGUUAUUUUGACAAUGUUUUAAAUUUUUGAGUCACAUUCUGAUCAGAAUUUUUAUCGAGAUGUUGAGCUUUUGUUUUUGAAACUAGUUUGUCAUAACCUUGUGCAUAAUCACAGUAUUUAUUUUCUAGGACAAUUGUGAAUGUGUAGACUUAUGUUUACUGCUAAGGGAACAAUUAUUUAUAAAAUAAUAUUAAAUCCAGUAUUAGCUGCCUAUUUCAGACACUUAAUACUUGCAGAGAUCUAUGUUACAUUUACCACACUGAAGUUUUUUUUGUUGUUUUUUGUUUGUUUGUUUUUAAAGAAUCACCCUCAUUGUUGAAAGUAAAUGUACUCUUAGGGUGCGAAUAUUAGUGUUCCAAUAAGCAUGUGAUUAUAUUAAGGUGGUGGUAGCGGGAAGAUAAUCUUGAUUCCAUUGGGAAUCUUAGGUUUUCGUAAAUUUAUUGGGAAAAUAGUUUUUCCUGUACUGCUGAAGUUUCUUUUUGGUAAACAGUAUCUUUCUAAAAGAAAAAAGCAUGAAGGAGAAAUUGAGGUGUGUAUACAUUUCCUCAAAUGACCAGCAUUGUAUUCGUGAAUACUGUGUAUCUUGCAGUGAACAGUGUGGAAGCUGUUCAUUUUUCAAUCUGAAGUAAAAUACUUUCAAUAACUUUUAGUUUGCCUGCUCAUUUGUUUUAUACAUUUCAUCUCUCUAUUUGACUCCUAUCUUACUUCUUUUUUGAGUUUUAAUACUUUCUAUAAAGAUUUUGUGAAUAUAUCAGAAAUGUGUCAUUUAUAUAUUAUAGUCCAUUCAUAUCCAUGAAUCAUAACCUUCCUUUGCUAAUACUUGUAGAAUGGGAUUUUACAAAUUCUGCCUCACUCUGGUGACAUUUCUCUGGCAGUCAUGUAUGUGUACCUGGCCAUUAGAAAUAUUAAUAUUUAAAUACUGUUUUUUAGAGGUGCUGAUGGGUUGGUGAGGUGUCAGCACAAAAUCUUAUGAGUUAUGUUUUGAUGAUAAAAGUAUAUCCAUUUUUUCCCUCCAGCUUUAAGGUGACUGUGAAAGUGCCUGGUUUUGAACGUCUUUGUUUGGUUUGGAGAUGUUGCACUCAGUUUUCAAAUCUAGCUUGGAUCUGUAGGACCUAUGUUUUUUAUAAGUAAUUGCCCUCCAGUCUUCAACAGUUGAUUCUGUUAUAUUUUUGGCCUAUUUUGAGUGUACUUUACCUUUACUUGCAUUUUGAGCCUUAUUAAUAUUUAGCUUAUUUGAUUUGGCUCCAGUAUUCCUAGAUGAAAUCUGCACAGGGCAAAACAUGGGCAAUAGGGUGAGCAUUUUUAAUUGUCUUUUUCCACUGGAACCUUAUAUAUCUCCAUGUGUUUUCUGCUCAUUCCCUCCCCCAUGAAAUGGUAAGUGUACUUGUGUUUGCCUGAACCUAUGGACUAGUGUUUGGGGUUUCUGGAAACACUAGAGGGUCAGAAAAGAGUAAUAACCACUUGAAGUGCAGGAUUCUCUUGCCGUGACAUGUUCGUUGCAAAGCCCUCUCCAGCGACUGGGAGGUGUAGUUGUUAAGGUUGAUCUGUUAGAAAUCACCAUUAUGAGGUAUUAGUGGUAAAUGUUGCUGAUAUUUUUAUUGGUCAUGACUACAUCUCAGUUUUACUUUAAUAUUGAUCUAUAGUUUGAUCAGUUCCUUGAAUUCUAACAUGUUGAUUUCUCAAUGUUUCUGUCACUAACCAAGAAUGUUUCUAGACAGUUGGUUGCUUCACAGUCAAAAUUAAAUGGUAAACUAUCAAAAAGACAUUCCCAAUUUUGCUGUGAUAAAUAUUGAAACAUUAAAAUUAAUGAACAGAAGAAUUUAUUCUUACCCAUCUAUUCUUCUUCUCCUAGUUCAUUACACUUUUUCAGUUACUGGAAAGGCACAUUCUCUAAGUAUGUGGUGAGCAAAAUAUUCUAUAAAUGCCUCUAACAAACCUAAUUGAAUAUAAAAGUUACAUUUAGUAGUUACUGUUGAUAGUAAUUUUCAUCAGGGUCAUAGUUCAUCUAGUAAAAUAUUUAGAGAGUGACGUUAACAUUCCAGCAUUAAAGUGGGAACAAAGAUGUGUAUGUGAAAUUCCUUGAAAGAGUUCAUCUUGCCUUGGUUUCUGACCCUCAAGACUAGCUACCUGCCAUCUUGUCAGAACAUUUGUGGGUAGAAUAAGUGUUAAAGAUCAAAUUUUAAUGUGCUCCUUGAUAUUUAACAUAGCUAAGAAACAAGCCAGAUUUUACUGCAGAAGUUAUUUACAUGAUUUGAAAACUCGACCUAACUGGAAGCCUUUUUCUCAGUCAUCUUGUUCUGAGCCAUCUUGACUUCACACCAUUAGCAACUUUUCUUUUUUUUUGGUCAAAGAUAAUGAGCUAAAUAUAUGUAGAUAUUGAAUGUUGACAAAAUUAUUAACCAGAAAAAUUGCUUAUAAAGUCUGCUGAUCUAUUUGAUAGCUAGAAUUAAAUAUUUGAGGGCAGUUUUUAGUUAGUAAACUGCUAAUGUUUAUUUUACUGUCUCUCAGGUUUUUGGUUUUUUAAAAAAUGUUUGGCCUUUACAUUUUCUAUUUAAGUGUGUACUUUAUUGAGUUUAACCUUGUCCGUAGCCUAGUAGCCUGAAAGAAAAGGAGGCAGAACCAGAGAGAUGGAUGUAGUGCAUUCCCUUUGGUUAUUAUAAAUUUGUGGUAGCUCCUGAAUUUACUGAGAGAUAUUUUAGCUAUGUCAAUAAGAACAGCUAAUGAUGUGGAAAUCAGGUGUUCUCUUGUGUAUUUCAGUGAACGUUUUUAUUAGUAUUUGCAUAUCAUCUCUAGUUCUACGUUUUAACUUAACGUCCUUGUGGCUUCACCACUGAGGUACCUUUCACUACACCAGCUUCUGCGUGGCCUGGUAACAUGGAAGGUCUCUCCUAAGGACAGUCUGGACAUAUUUUGGGGGAAUGUUAUUUAUCUUAAAGAUGCCUAGAAACAACGCAUAUAGUACCAGUGAGAAAGUAUGAAGUAAACAAGUUGCUCAGGCUGGGCAUGGUGGCUCACGCCUGUAAUCCCAGCACUUUGGGAGGCUGCAGUGGGAGGAUUGCUUGAGGCCAGGAGUUCAAGACCUUUGUCUCUUAAAAAAAACAAACAAAAACCUGAAUGGUGAGGUGGGGUAGAAUUGGGUAGGGGAGGGAAAGGGGGACUUGGAAAAGCAUUCCCCAAAGCCAGUGACUUGGUGAGGUUCAGUACUUGCCUCUUAGAAGUUAGCCCAUGCCUUUCAAAGAGUGAAAUGAUGGGUUAUCAGCUACAUUCUUGGAGUUAAUAUGUUUCUUCAUCUUUCAAUUUGGGUUCUGUGCUAUUCAUAGCUCUUUCCUAAGGCCAUUUCAUUAUUACCUCUUAUAUUUAGUUGCAAUUUAUCAUAAUAUGUUGUUUUUGUCCCUAAACUUAAUCUCCUAAUUUUAAGAUCCUCUCUGAUUUUUGCAUAUUGAAACUUGCAGAAGUCACUUUUAAAAAGUCUUUUGAAAGUCUUGCAAUCCUAAAAUAAAUCAAGCUUGUUUGUUAGAAGUGUCAUGAGUCUCCAGUCUUUACUACUAAAAAGCAGCCCUGCCUUAACACACAUUGUUAUGGGUGACAAGUGACGGACAACAAGUGUAGUUUCUGGAUAUAAAGAGUGAAGGACUAUUGGGUUAAACAUUUUUAGUGGAAUAUACAUAGAUAUGUAUAUUUAGAAACUUUGGUGAAGCCAGUAUUUGUUUUUAAUAACCUUUUCAUUUAUUUCCUUCUUUGAUUAGCAUUGUCUUCUGUGUUAAGAAAUGUGGACUCCUGUGAGGUGCUGGAGGUUUGAAUCAUCUUGAAAACUUUCCAGUCUUGUCUAGUUACCACUGCAGAGACACUAAGGAAUUUACCAGAAAAAGAUAUUUGAUACAAAUGAUUUAAGAAAUCUCAACAUUUCCUGAGGCCAUAUCACUGGGCAACCAGUGAUGAAAACUAUGAAUGAAUUGCACACCUGGAAGAUUUUUUAAGCUAACGACAGUUUCUUCAAAGAUGUCAAUUAUUUGCCUUGGAAAUUUUAUAAAUUGCAUUUCUAUGCACAUCUGCCCCUAGUGCUUACCACUUGGUUUAUUAUUCAUAAUCUGCAAUUCAAUAAAGGCUUUGUGCUUUCAUUUAUCUUCAAAA